AUGGCAUCACUAGACGCAGAGAAAAGCGUCGAAAGUUCAACGAUCACGUCGGAUGCAGACUCUCCUAAACAAUCUGCCUUCAAGUCUUAUCUGAGAAUCUUCAGUUACGGCGAGACAAUCGACUAUGUACUUGGGACUAUAGCUCUACUCGCUGCCAUUGGUUCGGGCGUUGCUUUGGCCAUGGUAAAUCUCGUUAUAGGCGACUUCAUGACGAUCCUCAGCGGCUCUACUAUCGGGCCAAACCUCCCGGAUGACUUCAUGCCCAAAGUCAGCAAGUAUUCGCUAUACUUCGUUUAUAUCGGUAUCGCUCGGUUCGGUUGCACAUACCUAUAUGCCUCCCUAUCCACCUAUGUCGGGCACAAGCUCGUCCGCAACAUUCGAUACCAGUACCUCCGGUCCGCCCUGAGUCAAGAAACUGGGUACUUUGAUCAAGGCAUCAGCGGGUCAAUAUCCAUGCAGGCUACAUCGAAUGGAAAGCUCAUCCACUCCGGUAUUUCCGAGAAGUUGGGUAUCCUGUUCCAGGCCGUUGCGACGUUCCUUGCAGCUUUCAUUAUAGCCUUCAUCAGCCACUGGAAACUAACGUUAAUCAUCAUCUGUAUCAUUCCGGCGCUACUUCUCAUCGGAGGUGUUGCCUCUUUCGUCGACGCUGGCAUUGAGACAAAAAUUCUCAAGACGUAUGCCCAGGCUGGGACCUAUGCGGAGAAUAUUCUCGGUGGCAUUAGAGCUGUUCACGCAUUCAACCUUCGGCCGAGGGUUGUUCAGAAGUAUACGCAGUACCUGGACGAGGCACACAGCCUAGGAAUGAAGAAGAAUCACUUAUACGGAGUGAUGUUCGGCGGAGAGUUCUUUGUCAUGUACGCCGGGAUGGGAUUGGCGUUUUGGCAGGGAAUUCAAAUGCUGGCUCGUGGUGACGUUCCUGACGUGGGAACUAUCUUCAAGGUGUUGUUUUCUGUCGUCAUAGCGGCCAGUACGAUCACUACCGUUGCCCCCCAUACAGUCACCUUUGGCCGUGCUGCCAGUGCCGCCGCAGAGUUGUUUGUCUUGAUUGACAGAGACUCGGAGAUCAAUGCCCUCGAUGACUCUGGGACAAGACCGUCGGACAUAGCAGGUGCCGUUGAGUUUGAGAGUGUGAAAUUUUGUUACCCAAGUCGGCCUAACGUCUGUGUACUCGAUGAUUUCUCUCUUCGGAUCCCAGCAGGCAAAGUCACUGCUCUUGUUGGCUCCAGCGGUUCCGGGAAGAGCACGAUAGUCGGACUGCUGGAACGCUGGUAUAUCCCCGGCUCUGGUAAGAUCACGUUGGACGGGGCCAGGAUUGAAAGCUUUAGCUUGAAGUGGUUACGUACCAAUAUCCGACUGGUGCAGCAGGAGCCCGUUCUCUUCAAUGGCAGCGUGUUUGACAACAUUGCCAGCGGACUGGUAGGCACGGAAUGGGAGACUGCCCCCUAUGAGGUGCAAAAACAGCGAGUGGAAGACGCAGCAAAGCUUGCAUUUGCACAUGAUUUCAUAUUAACACUGCCUCAAGGCUACGAUUCACAGGUUGGUCAGAAAGGGGGCCUGUUAUCCGGCGGGCAGAAACAGCGGGUUGCCAUUGCACGCAGUGUUAUAUCGGAACCAAAGAUUCUUCUUCUCGACGAAGCAACAAGUGCCUUAGAUCCGCAAGCUGAAGGUAUCGUGCAACAGGCGUUGGAUCGUGCCGCUACGAAUCGUACGACUAUUGUUAUUGCUCAUAAGCUAGCGACUAUCCGCAAUGCUGACAAUAUUGUUGUCAUGUCGAAGGGGAGGAUCGUGGAGCAAGGACGUCAUCAAGAACUGGUCUCCCUGGGUGGCACUUAUGCAAAGUUAGUCAAGGCACAAGAUCUCUCUGCCACACAGCCCACUGGCAAUGCCAAGGAGAUUAUUGAGAAGGAGUCUAUUGAUGAAACCUCGGAGACUGUUGCACCCCUACAGAAAUAUCGGACGACCGUGGCCCAGCAAUUGACAGAGAUGCAGCAGCGGGAGGACUAUAGCCUCUAUCAAAAGACAGGCCUGAUUCGCAGCAUCGCCAACUUGGUCAUCGCGACCCCCGACUUGAAGUUCUGGUAUUUGUUUACCCUCAUUUGCUGUGUGAUUGGAGCUGCCAUUUACCCCGGUCAAGCCUUGCUCUUGGCCAACGUAAUGGACAUCUUUUCCUCCGAUGACAUCGUCGGUAGAGGUAACUUUAUUGCUCUCAUGUAUUUUGUCAUGUCGCUUGGUUGCAUUCUCAUCUACUACGGCCUCGGCUGGGCCACCAAUGUCGUCGCUCAGACCAUCAGCAAGACAUUCCGUCAUGACAUUCUGAAUUCAAUUCUUCGACAAGACCUCCGCUUUUUCGAUCGACGCGAGAACACAAUCGGCGCACUGACUGAACGACUCGACUCUUACCCGCAGUCGAUUUUUGAAAUGAUGGGCUUCAAUGUCGGCUUAGUAGUGAUGUCAAUAGUGAAUGUGCUGGCUUCGAGUAUCCUAGCCCUGGCAAUCUCGUGGAAACUAGGCCUUGUGGGCGUCUUUGCUGGACUACCUCCUAUGAUAUUCGCCGGUUACGCACGAAUACGCCUGGAAACUAAGAUGGAUACUGAUAUAGGGAGAAGGUUUUCGCAGAGUGCUUCUAUAGCUUCGGAGGCAGUGCUGUCUAUCCGCACUAUCUCGUCUUUAGCUUUGGAAAGACCGACUUUGACAAAGUAUACGAAUGAGUUGGAUUCGGCCAUUCGUUCGACUACUAUUCCGCUUCUAUUCACGAUGAUAUGGUACGCGUUGACGCAGUCAAUUGAGUACUUUAUUCUAGGCCUUGGAUUUUGGUGGGGAUCAAAGCUGAUCAAUGAUGGCGAUAUCACGUUCUAUCAAUUUAUUGUUUCCUUCAUGGGCGUCUACUUUUCAGGCCAGGGAGCAGGUCAGCUCUUCAGUUACUCAAGUAGCUUCACAAAAGCGAACUCAGCUGCAAAUUACUACUUUUGGAUUACAAAACUUGAGCCAAUGAUCCAAGAAACAGACAAGAACCGAGAUAAUGACCCUCCAAAUGAUUGCAACUCCAUCGGCAUGCAAGAUGUCCACUUCUCUUACCCGUUUGCACCAGACACCAGAGUUCUGAAUGGUGUCUCAUUGAACAUCCAAAAAGGCCAAUUCGUCGCAUUCGUAGGCGCCUCAGGCUGCGGCAAAAGCACCAUGAUAUCCCUCCUGCAACGCUUCUACGAUCCAACUCAAGGAACCAUCACAAUCGACUCCACCCCUCUCCCUAGUCUAAACCCGCUCGGCUACAGAAACGAGAUCGCCCUUGUCCAGCAGGAGCCUACUUUAUUCCCGGGAACCAUUUUUGAAAACAUCUCCCACGGUUUAGAUCUAAAGGAUCUCCCACCACCAAACACAAACACAAACACGACCUCGCCUCUCCACUCACAAAUCGAAACCGCCUGCCGCGCCGCCAACAUCUGGGACUUCAUCAGCUCUCUCCCAGACGGCCUAUCCACGCCGUGCGGCACAAGCGGAAGCCAACUCUCCGGCGGCCAACGCCAACGGAUUGCAAUUGCGCGAGCAUUGACCCGCAACCCGAAGAUCAUCUUACUAGACGAGGCAACGAGUGCGCUGGAUACGGAGUCUGAGCAGAUCGUCCAGGCGGCGUUGAUGAAUGCCGCGACGGAUGGGAAGAGGAUUACUGUUGCUGUUGCGCAUCGGUUGUCGACUGUGCGUGAGGCGGAUUGUAUUUUUGUGUUUUUGGGUGGCAGGGUUGUGGAGAUGGGGAGGCAUCGGGAGUUGGUUGGCAUGGGGGGUGUUUAUGCGGGGAUGUGUGAGGCUCAGAGGUUGGAUAUGUAG